AUGGCAAAGCUCUUCCGGAGACAAAGAUAUUCCUACGCUGUGGGAGUUGGGUCCGACUCGUCCAAGUGUGGGAGGCAGGGCCGGUCCGGACAUGUUGACCGGAGAAAAAUGUCAAAGUGUAUAUUUUUCUCUUCUCUCUAUUGGUCUCUUUAUGUAUUUCCUUCACACAGCUCAGCACCUGUUUUCCAGGGCUUCCCGGUUUCCCGUGGAGAAAUUCUCUCCUCCGCACACUGUGCGCAGCCUCCCAACUCCUGCCUGGAGAAGCAGGCGGCCCCCAGGGCUCAGCGUGGAGGGUGGCAGCCGGGACCCAGCGAACGGCACUGUCCCCGGGCCCCUCGCUUCCCGCCAGCCCACUCUGCUCAGACCGCGCAGUCUGUCCUGUGCUCAGCAGGCCCCAGCCUCGGUGUUUCUGUCCUGUUUGGCAAGUCGGCCCUCGGUCCUUGUCCUCUUUCAUCUUCUUGCUUCUCUGGGACUCUGCCUUUCUCGUGCGGGGAGGGUUCCGCAAAUCCAGUCAGCAUCGCGUUGUCGGUCACCCUCUCCCCUCCAGCAGGGCUGGUGGCCCAGGGGGGACCUGACCCCGUGUCUGGGCAUCGAGGAGGUGACUGUGAGAAGCCGGCCGCCUGCUCAGUGCUGAGGCGCCCUCCCAGGGUCAGAGGCGCUUUCCCAGAUGGGGACCUUGCUUCGCCUGUUUCAGAGCAGCCAGUGGAAGAGGCGUUUGCAGGCUCAGGGAGGCGAAGCUCCUCCUACGGCUCUCUUCUCGGGGAGCUCGUCUUUGUCUCAUUUUGGGGUCCGGCAGAUGCGUACAACCUGGGAACAGAGAAGGAAAGGUGCGACCCUGUGUGUUCUACAACUCUUAUAACCCACGGCCGGGACCCGAACCCGCGGUGCGGGAGCGAAGUGGACAGCAUUGGCAGGAGGGUGCAGUCGGCGUGGUGGCCGGGGAGCCGCUGUCGCGUGUCCUGAACCAGCCCUGCAUCUCCAGGCGCCCACCAGAGCCCUCUGUAGGCUGAACUGGGCUGCCUGGACCCCAACUCAGCCGAUAGAUAAUAGUGGCACAGGGUCCCUCUCUCCACGGGAAUCUUACUGAACGGCUCCAGGUGUCCAUCCGCCUGACCUCCGAGAGUGUCUGGCCCCAGCUGUCUCCUGGACCCCUGAAAAGUUCUUCCUCUCUCCACUCCCUGGAACUGAGGUGUGAGCCCCUGGCUGUCAGCGCAGUGCUAAUGACGUGAAGAUGUUUAUCAGCAGGCCGGCUGGUAACAAGAGCCUUGUUAAUGAUGGUCAGAGAGGCGUGAGGAUCAAUUAAAAAGCAAUGAAGUUAUUUCCCUAACAGCUUAUGUGCCAACAUGGUGGCUCGUUGUGAAAUAGUAACGUUUGAGCAUGACAAACCUAUUUCUGACUGUGUGUUUAUUUCAGGGCCUUGUACUCAGUGCAGGGAAAAAGUUAAUUGAAAUAUGAAAAAUGUGGAGUAAGGAAUUACAGUAAUUUACCAAGUAAUGUUGACGCCAGUCACUUUUACAACUAGGAUUUGCUGAAACACCUGGCAAUUAUUUAUACAUGGCGAAAAGUGGUUGGAUUGGCUGAUCAAUAAAACAUUACCUCAUCUGACAGCAUUUUUAAAACACCAAGCAAAAAAGAAAAAGCCUCUGAACAGGACAACACUGAGUUUUAUCGCCACCGAAUGUGUAAACCCCACUGAACAGCUAACUUUAAACAUUUAUUGACUCUAAUGUUGUCACCAGACUCAGCAGAAGAUCAGUGUUUUCCUACAUAUGUGCCCUGCCGAGGGAAGCCACACUGUAGUUGCCUGGAAGUAUUUGUACAUCUCAAAGCGAUGGCUUGCCUGUGUGCACCUGAUUAGCAUGCUUAUCAACUGAGCUAUCACUAAAUGAGCAGUGAAUUUACACCGUA